GUAAGUCAACCCCAAGUUCAACGACGCGCGUUCGCAUUGGUUCUGUCUGGACCUUGAGCUGCUUUAGGCGUUCUAAGCAGCCAGUUCAUUUGUUGAGCUGAAGUAUUGUGCGACGGACAUGGCGCCCUUGAGACAAAUCUCGUCUAGUUUACCCAUUACUUUGCAUAUGUGAGCUUUGAGAGAACUGGAGCUGACAGUCUGUUUUCUACCUGCGUCCAGCAUAUGACUUGCGAUCUUGAGAGACCAUGUACCAGAUGUAUUAAGCGGAACAUUGGACAUCUUUGUCACGAUGAACCUCGCGAUGCCGAUUCCAAGAAGGCAAAGAGUGUUCAGAGCACCCAGAGCAUACAGGCGCACUCUGUAGUUGAUGAAUCGGACGCUCAGUCCGAUAUGGCUCGUAGCUCGAUUUCUAGCACCAUGGGCCCACCUCCCCCAGCGUUUGACACGACGAGGCAGCACCGAGGUUCCAAAUCUUUUGGGGGAGUGCUGGGUCAAGGAAGCCCACUGUCCAUUGUGCAACCCGGCCAGGUCUCGGGCCUGCAGGGCAAUGCGUUGAACAACGGCAACAGUAAUGCGAAUCAAUUUGCGGGCUUCCAAGAUGCGUGGAUGACAGCUCAGAACCAUUUUCAUGAUAUGCACAGCUAUCACCCCAACUACAUGAUUGCCUCAGAAGUCACUCACGAGUUCAAUCUUCUCAACGAUUUCCUCCAUACGAGUCUACUCGAUGACGGUAGUGUGCCGCCAGAGGAACAACAGAGCCCGGCAUUCAAGCGGUCGAGCCAGAGCCAGUCGGAGAUGCUACCCGGGUUUGGAAAUAACACCAACACCUCUAUGGGAGCCGGUGGUUCAAACACCAUGUCAAACAUGACAGAGGGAUCAAUGCUGCCACCCCCUCCGAAUGUUGAAGGCAAGAACAUUCCACGACCGGGAAGCGUUGUGCCCGCCGACAAGGCUCGCGAAUACUAUCUACAGGCCGCCGACCCAUCAGGCAACGACACGCCAGAGGAGCGAAUGGCACGUGUGCUCAGGGCCAAGUACGACGCUGGAUUAUUGAAGCCGUUCAAUUACAUCAACGGUUAUUCUCGCUUGGGUGCAUAUCUCAAUUCACACAUCACAACAGCGUCACGGGAAAAGAUUCUAAGGACCAUCGCCCGGUUCAGGCCCGCUUUUCGAGAAAAGGCACAUGCUUUGACGGAUAUGGAACUUGUGUACGUUGAGAUGUGGUUUGAGAAACAGCUCAUGGACUACGACCGGGUGUUUGCAAGCAUGGCAGUGCCCGCGUGCUGCUGGCGAAGAACCGGUGAAAUCUUCAGGGGCAACAAGGAGAUGGCAGAGUUGAUUGGCGUGUCAGUAGCUCAACUGAGAGAUGGCAAAAUCGCGUUGCACGAAAUCCUCACAGAAGAAUCAAUGGUGCGAUACUGGGAAGAGUUUGGCACGAUUGCUUUCGAUCCAGCGCAUGAGACCCUCUUGACGGCCUGCUCUCUGAAGAAUCCAACCCCUGGGUCAACGCAUCCAGUUGUGAAAUGUUGUUUCUCGUUCAUGAUCAGAAGAGAUGAGCACAAACUGCCAGCUCUGAUUGUUGGUAAUUUCUUGCCGCAUGACCCACCAGCACAAUAACCAUGGGUGUAUUGAUAUAUGUAUAUGCCGUAGAUAUAUGAUGCUUCGUGAGAAGAAGCACAGCAUGAGUUGCCACACUUGCAAAAGAGUGCUAUAAGGCCUCACUCAAACAGUAGUAAGAAAAAGAAAAUAGUCGAAAUUGGGAAAGGCGCUUGGAUACAAGGAUUUGAAGCGUAUGUAUUCAUUUGCAUUACGUUAGACAGGAGAUAACCGUUUGAAUAUUAUCUUGCUUUCGAGAA